AUGCGCUCCUCACCGGAUGCACCACGCAUGCAAACACGGACGCACUCGAUUACGGCCGGAGUACCCCGCUCGGUCGGUGUUCAGAUAAUCCAAUCAACAACACUGCUGCUUGCCCUGCCGCCAGCAACCUGCUUAAUUUAGGCGUGAGACUGCGAAAAACAUAUUGGCCACACGACGGAGGGCGCUCCCGGUUCGAUCGCGUCGACGCGCCUGGUAGUCUCGUUCUUGGCCCCGUUUUCGUGAGCGUGGUUGGUCCGGCCAAUCCUCCCGGCCGAUCGAUCGAUACAUGGGGACGGCGGCCGGCGAUGGCGACCGCCCCCUCGUCGCGUUGUCGGCGGCGGCGGAGCACAAGGUGAACCUGUCGGCGCGGCGGCCGUUCGUGCAGGCGGUGCGGUCGGGCCUGGCGGAGACGUUCUUUCCCGACGACCCGUUCCGGGGCUUCGGUGCGCGUCCCACUGGCGCGCGGGCGUGGGGCGCGCUCAAGUACUUCGUCCCGGCCCUGGAGUGGGCCCCGCGGUACGGGCUCGGCAAGUUCAAGUACGACCUCCUCGCCGGCGUCACCAUCGCCAGCCUCGCAAUCCCGCAGGGCAUCAGCUACGCCAAGCUCGCCAACCUCCCGCCCAUCAUCGGCCUCUAUUCGAGCUUUGUGCCGCCGCUUCUGUACGCGGUGUUCGGGAGCUCGAACAACCUAGCGGUGGGGACGGUGGCGGCGGCGUCACUGCUGCUGGCGUCCAUCAUCGAGACGGAGGUCGCGCCGGAGGACAACCCGCAGCUGUACCUGCAGCUCUUCUACACCGCCGCCUUCUUCACCGGCGUCUUCCAGACCGCAUUAGGCGUCUUUAGGUUAGGGCUCAUAGUGGAUUUCUUGUCGCGGUCGACGAUCACCGGGUUCAUGGGCGGCACGGCGACGAUCAUCAUCCUGCAGCAGCUCAAGGGGAUGCUGGGGAUGAAACACUUCGCGCCCAAGACGGACCUCAUCUCCGUCAUGAGCUCCAUCUUCCGUUACAGGCACGAGUGGAAGUGGCAGAGUGCAGUUCUUGGCAUAUGCUUCCUCAUGUUCUUGCUGUCAAGUAAGCACCUGAGAAAGAAAAGGCCAAAUCUGUUCUGGGUGUCAGCAAUUGCGCCUUUCAUGGUCGUCGUGAUCGGUGGCGUCUUCGCCUUUCUAGUCAAAGGAGACGAGCAUGGCAUCCCAAUAGUUGGUGACCUGAAGAAGGGGAUCAACCCUCUGUCCAUUUCACAGUUAACGUUCCAGGACAAGCACGUAAAGACAGCCGUGAAAGCAGGUCUCUUGUCUGGGAUCCUAGCACUGGCAGAAGGCAUAGCCGUCGGGCGAAGCCUGGCGCUGAUCAAGAACGAACAGAUCGACGGGAACAAGGAGAUGAUCGCGUUCGGCAUCAUGAACAUCGCAGGGUCUUUCACCUCUUGCUACCUCACAACAGGGCCGUUCUCCAAGUCGGCGGUGAACUUCCACGCCGGGUGCAGGACGCCGAUGUCGAACGUGGUGAUGUCGGUGUGCAUCUUGCUGGUGCUGCUGUUCCUGGCCCCGCUCUUCAAGUACACACCCCUUGUGGCGCUCUCCUCCAUCAUCGUCGUCGCCAUGAUCGGCCUGAUCAAGGUCAAGGAGUUCUGCCACCUCUACAAGGUGGACAAGUUCGACUUCUUCAUCUGCAUAGUCGCCUUCGUGGGCGUCGUCUUCUUCACCAUGGUCAUAGGCCUCAGUGCAUCAAUAGGCUUGUCAGUGGUCAGGGCAUUGUUGCAUUUGGCGAGGCCUACCACCUGCAAGCUCGGAAGCAUAGCGGGAAGCGAGAUCUUCCGCGACGUCAGACACUACCCGUACGCGAGAAACGUCCCUAACGUCCUCGUCUUGCAGCUGGGAUCUCCGAUCUAUUUCGUCAAUGCAGGUUACUUGCGAGAAAGGAUUCUGAGAUGGGUGGAAGACGAGGAGAACGCCUGCAAGAUAGACGGCCAAGCUUUGCAAUACGUGGUCCUUGAUCUUGGGAGUGUGACUUCGAUCGACAACACGGGGAUCGGGAUGCUGGUAGAAGUUCACAAGAGCCUUGACCGGAAAGGGAUCAGGAUAGCUCUGACAAACCCCAGGCUGGAGGUGACAGAGAAGCUGGUGCUGUCUGGAUACAUCAAGGACGUGAUAGGGGAGGAGUGGGUGUUCCUCGUCGUCAAGGACGCCGUCACGGCUUGCCAGUACGCGCUCCAGAGAUCCAGAAGCAAGGAAGACGGCGAGGUAUAGCGUCCAUGGACAGUGCGUUUUAGGAAGCAUAGCUGUAGAUAUGGGAUGGCAGGCAGGGCAAGCAAGGCGCGCGUCCUUUUAGCACCGGGAAGAAGAGAAGAUUGAGAGAGCCGCGAUCGAGCAUCGACUCGAUUGCAUGGAUUGGGUGUGUGGAUGUGGUAUUUGCGUGUGCCGAAGUGUGUGAAGGUAAGUUCAGUAGGUCUUUGUUAGGGAAAGUGGGAAAUAUUGAGGUGGAUGGCAGGAGCGUUUGUGUAUAGACCAACUUAGCUUCUGAGUCCAUGAUAAACGCUUCCACAUAUUUCCGUGUAUCAGCUUGCAGAAUGCAGAAGA